AUGGCAUAUGGUACGACUACCGACUUAGUGCCUUACUUUGAUACAAGCUGGGCUGUUCUUAGUACUAUUGGAAUAUGCCUUGUUUUUAUUGGCGUUAUGGUUGCUGGUAUCAGGGGCAAAGUUUCUGCCCUUAUCCUUGUGCCGAUCGUUGUCUCUGCUGGGUGUGCUGUAGGUAACGGAGUGCACUACUACGAGGCGUUUCUCGAGUGCCCUCCCAUCAAUCAAGCAGUUGCUUUAGUCUCUGCGGACAUUGCAUACACGAUCCAAGAAGCUGGACUCCCCUUCUACGGAUACAUAAUCCUAACCGGCUUUCUUGCUGGUAGCAGCCGUAUUAUCUUUUUAACUCUAUUCUGGUCGCUUAUGGUCGUUAUUCUAGCGAUUCGCACAGCUAUUAUAGUGAUUAACGUGCGAGUUAUACUCAACCGCCACCUCUCUCUAGCUCUCUAUUCCACUAUUAUUAGCCGCUUACACAUAGGCUACUUCCUACCCAUUGCGAUUACUGAGAGCAUAAGCGCUAUAUUCCUGCUUAAGACGUUCCGAUCCACGCUUCAGCAAUCAACAUCAUGCGGGCUAAGGGGCGGUAAACUAUUUCGCCAUCUUAUGCGCAGCACUGAGAUUCGCGUCGCCACGCUGGCCCUUGUCGGCAUUGCACGUACUAUAACAUUCUCGUUUAAUAUGAUUGGAAAUAACUCACCGGUAUCAAAGCAGCUUGAUACAUUUGUAUACUCAGUCGGGGCUCUGUUCCCUAUCGUUUUGUUCAUCGAUAUUAUCGCUACGCGCCAAGCGUACGACGACGACAGCAACGUACGAUGCAAUACGUUUGGUGGCCCUGCAGCAGUGGACCAAGCUGCUGGGAGUUCGGACCGUCCGGCGACGAAGAGCACCUGCGAGCACCAUGAAGACGAAAUCUUCGCCUCGCGACACGUCAUGCGCAAUGACGAGGUGUUGCGACAGCAAGCUGUCUAG